GUUGGGGUUAUGGAAGUAGAGGAUUUGGAGGUGGUCAAAGAGAGGGAAAUGGAGUGUAAGAGGGAGUUAGAUGAGAGGCAGAUUGAGGUUAUUGAUGUAUGUGGGCAAAAAGGAAUGAUUUUGAAUGAAAACUCUAGUAGAUUAUGAUUCUUUUUUAAGUCAAAUAAAAGUUUUUAUAAAAUCAGCAAGCUUAACCAGCCUUUAAAAUGAUCAAUUCCUGUUAACUUUGUUAUUCCAAAAAGGAGGAAUAAAAAAGCGCUACGUUUGAUUACAGAAGGCAUUCCUGUGAAGUUCGAGUCAAUGUUUUUGACAGGCCCCACUUUAAUGAGCAAGAGAAAAGCUUUAGACUUUUUAAGCAUAAAGAUUACAAAGACUUUUAGUUUAUUGCAGAGAGGGCUCAGGCUAUGUCAUUGGAGCAUCAGCCCUAGUGUAAUGAAAAGAGUUAUUGCAAGUGCGAGAUCUGUCGAAACUCUUGAAUUUUUCAGAUGUGAUAUCUCUUUUGAAGGGCUUAAAAUCGGUAAAAUGAUCGAUACAAAAAUUGAGAAUAUAAUCUUCAAUUGCUGCUAUUUUCAAGAAGAAAACUAUAAUGAAAUGUCGGUAGACACUGUUGAAUGAGUUUUUGAGCAAUUUCAAGCAUCAAGUUUGAUAAAAUCUCUUUGUGAGAUAACAUUCAAGUGAUUUAACGAUUUGAGUAAUGACAUUGAAUAUCUAGCCAGCUUAAUUCCGAACCUUAAUAGAAGCGAAACAAAUUUGCAAGAUGGUUUUGCUAAAAUUAUAUUGAAUCCAGAGCUUCUGAAGUAAUUUUCACAGAUUUCAA